AUGGAGGAUCGACGGCGACGAAGCACGCCCGGCAACCAUGUCGGGGCGGCGGCGGCGGCGAGGCGGAGGAGGAGCAGGUUCGCCGACGACGGGGGCGGCGGCGGCGGCGGCGGCGGCGAGGGAUCAGUGGGGGGAGACGGGAUCGAGUGCUCCGGGGAGCGGUGCAGGUCGUGCACGGCCGGGGUGGUGGCGGACUGCGCGGCGGUGUGCUGCUGCUGCCCCUGCGCGGUGGUGAACCUGCUGGCACUCGCGCUCGUCCGGGUGCCGUACAUGGUCUGGCGGAGGUGCCUGGCGAGGAGGAAGAAGAGCGCCGCCACCGCCGCCGCCGCCAAGAAGAAGAGGAAGUGCGGGAGGGCGGGAGGAGGGUCGAGCGAGAGGGAGAGGAUAGUGGAGGAAGGGAUGAGGGAGUCGGUGUACGGGUUCGGGUUCGAGGAGGGCCUCGGCGGAGGCGGCGGCGGCGGCGGCGGCGGCGUGCCGGAGGAGGCCGAAGAGAGAUCGGCGUGGCUGGACCUGGACUUGUACGAGGUGGGUCAUCUGAGCUUCGGCAGAGUUUCCUUCACCGGGGUUCAGUUCCAGGGGAAAGGCGGUUGCAGUUGAAAGGAAUUCGACCAAUUCAUCCAUGGAUCUUCUUCCUUGUAUUUUCUUGGUUUCUCUCUUUCUUUUUUUCGGGCUGGGAGGAUGUGAAGAGCAGCAAUGCGUUCGAUACCUGGUAUCACUGCGAACAGCGUGUGGUCUCUGAUUUUUCACGCCAAGAAUCCAUGCGGUCUUGGUGUUUGGGGAUUUUCUGGUGCAUGCAUUAAACCGCGGAAAGAAGAAGAAGACGGCGGCGACGAAGAUGGGGUUCGAAAGGUAUUCCAGCCGACGGUCGACGAACCAUCUUUUUUCCGAAGGUUUGUACAUGGAUUGGUCGAUGUGCUCGUAAUUGGUGUGCGAUCCUUUUGGGAUCAUCUGCUCAUUGGGACUCUUCCGCUCUUACGUUGUUGUACGCUGAAACGAUGAAAUGUUCAAACAAUUUUUCGGCUGUCGCCGUUUCUCUCUUUUGGUCACAGUGCUUUUAGUUAGAGAUUUCACGGUAACUUGGCUUUUGGUCCUUUCUCCUUGACUGUCUUCUGCUGCCUCCCCCGUUCAAGAAGAUGAGAGAACACUGUGCAUCCUCGUGUGUCAUUGAAGUUUUUUUUCUCCUUUAUCUCGCGAGUAUUAUUCUUGUGCUCACUUGAAAGAAACGAGCUUGAUAUAUAAUAACGAAGGAAUUAUGUAUUUCAGAAAUCA